AUGAAUCCGCAGAUGGAAAUUCCGGUUCUGGAUGAUGAUGGAUUUUUCUUGAGUGAAAGUAAUGCAAUCCUGCAGUACCUUUGCGAAAAGCACGCCCCGACAAGCGAGCUGUACCCAAAAGACCCCAAGGAACGUGCACUUGUUAAUCACCGACUUUGUUUUAAUUUGGCUUAUUUGUAUCCGGAAAUAUCGGCCUAUGUUAUGGCACCGAUUUUCUUUGAUUACCAACGUACGGAAAUGGGCUUAAAAAAGCUGAAUAGGGCAUUGGCUGCAUUUGAGUCGUAUCUAAAGCGCACUGGUACAAUGUACGUUGCAGGCAAUAGGCUAACGAUUGCCGAUUUCCCCUUGGUAACAUCUAUAAUGUGUCUAGAAGCGAUUGCAUUCGAUUUGAGCAACAACUAUCCAUCUGUUCAGAAGUGGUACACUGGUUUCAAACAGGUUCAUCCUAAGUUGUGGAUAAUCGCCGCGAAAGGAAUGGAGGAGAUAGCUGGUUUCGAGAAAAACCCGCCAGAUCUAACCGGUAUGGUGCAUCCAAUUCAUCCGAUCCGUAAGUCUGGAGAAAAAUUAACCAAGUAAAUCAAAAACAUGCAUUUGAUUUGAAAUUAAAAAAAUACACAUUUCAUUCAUCGAGAUCGGACGUACGCGUUCUGUGCACGAUCUUUGGCUUUUCAUUGGAGAUGACCACUGGAGCGAAAGCUCUGUUUUUGGACAAACAUAAAUAUCUAUAAAUCCAAUUAUCAGAGUGAUGGCCAAACGAUGAGUCAACUUUAACCUAAAUCUACUGAUAGAUUUGGCUAAAGAACUUUAGCCUAAAUCUGUUGAAUAGAAUUACUCUUUUAAAAUGCAUCAGGAUAUGCAAAUUGGAGCCAAGAGUUGAGAAAUGCGUCUAAAAAACGAUUAGGAAAACAAGGUGGAUUUGAGUUUGGUUUUGGUGUAUCGCCAACGUUCAGUAAUGGUAAGAAAUAUUGCAGAACAUAAUUAUUUCAGUCCACUACUGUAAUCAUUUUUAACAUAAGCAUUCAAACCCCAAAUGAUGAAGGCAGAUUGUUGUGUAAGUAAGCCAAUGACUCACAGUGACUUUUAUUUUAUUGCAAGUUUCUCAUAACCUAAAAAAAUAUCUGUGCUCAAUACGCGUAAAUAGAUUUCUCUCUUAAUCUCUCUGUUUCUCUCGCUCUCUUAUUCUCUCUGUAUCUCUCUCCCUCGCUCGUUAUCUUUCUUUCCCUCUGUUAUUGUUGUUCUCUCUGUUUCUCUCUUGCUAUUCUGUUAAUAAUUAGUACAAAAUCGUUAUUUUUUAUCUGUAUUUUGUGAACCAUAUACACUUACAUAUUUAUGUUCAAAGUAUAAUUUCCGACAUUAUUACGCAAGCCAUAUCGCUAGUAUAGAAUAUUGGUAAUAUCAACAGUCGGCUUCACACCAUAAGCCGCAAACAUCUAAAUCAUGCACGGGACAGAAAUAAAGAUAAAUCUAACCUUAUGUUAUCUUAUCGUAAAACCGUUAGGCACGCUGUGUUCAUUUCCGAAUCUAGUCUCCAACAUUCUUUUAUCCGAUCCCCAAACGCCGAGAAGUUACAAAAUAACCGUUAGCCAACAACAUCAGUUCAGUGUGGUAUAGUUGGCAAACGAAUGUGUUUGUUACUCGUAUGAUGGAUACGAUAUUCAGAACUCGAGAUUUCAUUGGAUCACUGGUGGAGAAAAAGUGGAACUCACUGCUAGACAUUGUAGGUGACGAUCCCGACUUUCUCUAUACAUGGGGGCUAACCAUUUACGUGCAUUCCUUUUUCUGGAUUGUGGGUGGAUUGUUUGUGGCAAUGGAUAUCUCCAACAAACCAGCGUUUUUACGUAGAUAUAAAACUCAACCUGGAAAGAACGAACCUAUACUUCCAAAUGAUUUGCUGCGGGUCAUUAAGACGAUCAUUUUCAAUCAAACUAUCAUCGGUAUCCCAUUAACUAUUCUCGGAUAUCAAGCGACAAUCAAAGGAUCCGUUCCAAACGUGCGUACUCUGCCAGGCAUCUGUGAAAUCCUAUGCGAUCUGCUGGUGUGUGUUAUCUUUGCUGAGAUCGGGUUUUACUACGUUCACCGGUUCCUGCACACCAAGCCCUUCUACAAACUGAUUCAUAAGAAGCACCACGAGUGGACAGCUCCGUUCGCUUGGACUGCUAUGUACUGCCAUCCGAUCGAGCACAUCAUCAGCAACAUGAUUCCGCCGAUGAUCGGCAUUCAGCUUACAAAGGCUCAUAUCUUCACGACGGCCAUAUGGUUUCCGCUGGUAAUCUUCAACACGAUCCGGGAUCAUUGUGGUUACCAUUUGCCAUUCUUUCCCAGUUCCGAAUACCAUGACUAUCAUCACGCAAAAUUCACCGAGUGCUUUGGAACUUUUGGCUAUCUUGAUUGGCUGCACGGUACGGACACUAAAUUUCGCAACUCCAAACAACACCAGCGCCAUCGCACUCUUUGGGGCAUAAAAUCGGCAAGAGAAUUAUAUCCGGAUAGUUGAGUCACAAGUUUGCACCCUAUCGUAUUAUGGUGAAUAAAAUGCGUCUCCAAUAAAGCCAUUGCCAAGCAAAAACGAUUCGGAUGUUAAAGAGUACAACGCAUUCGGAUAGAAAAAUACACAUUCUAAAAGAUACUAUUUAAAUCAAUUUAAAAUACAUUACACCCGGGUUUACACGUGCCGCUUGUACUGCCACUUCCGUUUACAAGUGAAUAAUUGUGCAGCUAAUGUUAUUUAGUUGGGCGGUCCGGUGGCCGAGGCGACAGGAGCGCCGGUCUUCACACGGGGCAGGGCUGGGGUUCAAAUCCCAUCCAGACCGCCGCCUCUCCUGGCUGACUAAUUUACUACGGAUGAAAUUAAGUCACAGAAAGCCAGAAAUUGACAGGCCGAGACCUCUCGAGGUUGUAUUGUGCCAAGGAAGAAGAAGAACGUUUUUUAGUAGCAUAUGUCUAACGUACUUGCUUUUCUCUGAGCCUUAAACUAUGUACACAUUUUGGUACAGUUUAUAUAUUUAUUGUAACAAAUCAUGAUUUUUCUAGAUGUUUUAAACAAGCAAUAAUUGUUAACAAAAUACAUAGCAUGUUCUUUGCAUAGACCCUCCUAAUAAUUCUUUCUUAAUCAGAAUUCUCUAAUAUUUCGUGACCAUAUGUCGCAUACAACAAACGCGAUUCUUAUUUGCAUUUCUUUUCGUAAAACAAAAUUCCGACAUUCUUCUUUCACCGUUUCCCAAAACCAAACCUAAUUGUUUAUUACCGAUUCCAUUACCAUUGGUUGAUUAGAUCCUAUACACGGUAUAUGCAAUUCGUGAAGAUCACGAAUAGUGUGAUUUAAUGCAAUAUCCAUUAUUGUUAGUGUUAAUUUACUGAAAUGUUACGUUAGGUUACUGUUUCAUGUAAGUAUACUGAAGUUUCAUGAUGGAUAAGGGUAAAGUUUUUUUAAUAUUAUUAUGUAAUUAUAUCCAUGAGGGAAAGAAUCCAUCAAACUCAAAGAGAAUGUAUGCUAAUAGUUUUCUUGAAUUGUGUUUUAACGUUACAUUCUCUCGCUAGGGUUUAGUUUUCUAUGGUUCUGAUCGAGUUAAAUGUUUUUUUUUUUUCGAAUCAAUUAUUGAAUAUGAGCAAUACGGCCAGGCCGUUCUUUAUGAAUAAAAAAAAAUUAUUGAAUAUGGAUUUUUUUAAAUGUAAUUAUUCUUCUCAUAGUCUCUAGAGUCACACAUUCGUGUUUUGUAUAAUUCAACCGUCAAGAACGUGUGGGUGUAUGUGUAACUUAUACAGACUCAGGCAACGUGUUGGCAAGUAGAGCGCAUGUCAGGAGAUAAGGCAAUCACCAGAAUCAUCCGUUCGAGUCCUGGCGUGAAAGAGAAAAAUAAACGACCUCGUGCUCGUCACGUUCGAGUUUUCAUACUCUCUCACAC